UAAUAAAAUUUGUGAUCUUAACCUUUUUUAGACAAUUGACGAACUUACGGUGUUGCUGUGAAGUUAUGCAUUAAAAUGUAUUUGUUUGAAUCCAAAUAAUUAACUGCUCCAACUUCAACUGGAUUGGAAACAAGUCAACCGUUCAAAAUUGUCAUCAACAUUUCUCCGUUUUCCUUUUUUUUGGUUUCUUUUGAUUCUUUCAUUCUCUUUUCUCUUUUCUCUCUUUCUCUAGGUAAGACAACAGGUCAACGUUAACAUUAACGUUAACAACAAACCGUUAUCCCUCAGCGGUUCCAACAGAUCAGUUUAAAUUGUUAUCAUUUCCUCUGCAAUAUUUAUGCCUUACCCAACUCACCGGAUGUCUAUAUUAUUAUCUAAAGGUUUUACCUCUAAGAGGAAAAAAUAUAUUUUUUGAUUGUUUCUGGUGUUUUAAGUGUGUUUGUGGUCUCACAAUUAGUCCGAUGAUUUUCCUCUCACUUGAAUAGCUGACUUCACAACAAUUUGGCUACUCAUUCUAGUGAGUAUCUUUCUAUGGUGACUUUAUCUGUUUGCUUUUAAAAGCUUUAGAUUAAGUUUUUUCUUGGUGAUUGAAAGUUAAGUCUGGCUAUCAACUGACUGAUUGAGAUUGGUCAUCGGAAGAGGAAAAAAUUUGCUCAAAAGUUUGAAUUUUUAUCUAAAAUACGCCUUUUCUCGUUUCGGAUCCAAAUCUUUAAAUUCCUUGGACUCAGAUACCUUAUGAUUCAGCUUGGUUAAACUGAGCUUGUUUGGAACAAGUUGUUUCUCUUUUUUGCUUCACAUUUGACUUGUGUUGUCAAUCUCAAUCACUUUUAAUCAUCAAUCUAUUGGUAUCACUCUACACUUUUUUUAUCAAUUAUUUACUCCCUUGAUCAACUGUUUACCAUCUACAAUGGAUACUCCAAAUUGGUUAAGAAACAAUUCUAAUAUGAUGUGACCAACGAGGAUUACCCCUUUACUGUUAUUGUUAUUUUGGUUUUUUUUCCUUUUUUAUCAAUCUGUUUGUCAAUUUUUUUGAUCUACCAUUGUUUAACAUAUCUUCCUCUUCCAUAAACCAACACUGAACUGGUGUAAACAUCAAACAACCAUCAUUUAGUUCUUCUAUUUUUUUGUGAUUUUAUAACUUUGUCUUCAAUAUGGCCUGCAGAAUAAGGAGUUCGCCAAAUCAUGUUUUCGAUGUCUUCAUGGAAAUCAGCAGGCCUGCCAAUAGUCCAGAUAGCAAACCGUAUAUACUUCAACAAUAUCCACAUAAUUUUAAAGAUGAAGAGAUUACCAAAUCAGUGCCUCAAUUCUGCUACCCUUGUAGAAUAGAAUCUCCAAAUGUUCUACAUUUUUCCUUUGUAUUAACCUCAAUUGAUAGUAAAUGGAGUUUCGGUUUCAUACGACAUCCACCACAACCGGGCGAUACUUGUCUGGUUUUACUCUCCUCGUUACCUUGGCAUGACACAUUUUAUAAAUUACUUAAUUAUAUUGCCUCACUGAUUGCUAAAGACGAUACGGCUCACCUGAAUCGUUUCUUGGAAGCUCUCUAUCUAACUCCAGUUCCUCAACCAGGAUUGUUUCUUCAAGUUAUCUACGCUGUCAACAAUAGAGAACACGAUUUCACUGUCCAGUGUCCUGAUCACCACAAAAUCCCUAGCAUUCCAGAAGAUAGGAAUUUAUCUGAAUAUUUCAACGCUGUUGAUAGUAACAACAUGAUUACCAUAUUUGCCAGUAUGUUGAACGAAAGAAGGAUUAUAAUCACCUCCAAAAAAUUAAGUCGUUUAUCUGCAUGUGUACAAGCUGCCAAUUCGUUAAUCUAUCCGAUGUAUUGGCAACAUAUAUUUAUUCCUGUACUUCCAUCUCAUUUACUGGAUUAUCUCAGUGCACCAAUGCCAUUUUUAAUCGGUGUACCAUCAUCAAUUUUAGCUACUACUAAACACUCGGAAUUUGGUGAGACUGUCAUCCUUGAUGCGGAUGAGAACAAGAUUACCACCCCUUUUGAUGAUGUCGGCAUGUUACCCAAUGAAAUAGUUUCAUUUUUAAAGAAGAGCAUGAAGAACAAUGGAGCUCUUAUUGGUGAUGGAGUCGCUCGAACCUUUCUUAAAGCUUUGGUUAUGUUGAUUGGUGGUUAUCAGAAUGCCCUGAGAUUCCCGAGUGGCUCAAAGAUAACCUUCGACAAAGAAGCAUUUAUCAAAACUCGCCCAGACCACAUGCAACCCUUCCUUCAGAAAAUGUUGCACCUUCAAAUAUUUCACCAAUUUAUUGAAGAUCGUAUCCGAAUGUUAACUAAUGCUGAAAGUAUUUCCGAUGAAUUUGAAUUUGAGGUGAACAUGUAUGAAGAGGAUCAAAGUUCUCACCGUUUUCGAGCUCAGUACAAAGAAUGGUUAGGCCAAAUGAAGAAGGAAGGUGGUGCGCUUUUAAAGUCUGUCAACCCGGCUGUUAAAAGUGCUUAUAAGCAAGUUAAAAAGGGAGGAAAACAAGUCAAAGAUCGAGGCAAAAAAGCGUAUAAUGGUUUAAGAUUAAAAUUACAAGAUAUUCAAAAACCUGAAUCAGGUUUACCCAGAUCGGCUCCAUCAACUCCACGAGAAUCUCCUACAUCAUCAGCGUAUUAUGGGCUUGAAGAAUCUUCCAAUGGCCCUGUAAGGAAAAGUGCUAGCGGUUUAAUUCUUGGAAAAUCUGACCGAAAUCAAAUGUUAUCGACUUCAUCCGUAUCUGAUUUCACUUCAAGGAAAAACAUGUUUGGAGAAAAUAAUUCACGCCGAGAUCCAUUCUUUAAAGAUAAUGCUUCGGAACAAGCUCCUGAAGCUUCGUCGGAGGACUCUGAAAUUGAUUCAGUUGAAGAGGAUAGGUUAUCUGGAAUUGAGGGUCUCACUUAUAAACCAAUCAAUAUUGACUUGAUGGGAGAAUUGCAAGAAGUAAUUAAAGGUUUCGGCUUAAAAGGUCGUCUUCAAGAUUCAGGAUCUUUAACAACCAAUAGUGAUAAGAGUUUCAAUUGGUCUGGCUCGCAAUCACAGCAACAACCAGAGCAAAAUUCAGUUUGUUCAUCAAACUCGCAAUCUCGACGUUCAAGUUACAAUUUACCUUUACCUCCAUCAAAAUCUUGUAAUUCUCGGAAAUCAUCAGACACGCCUGUUGAGACCAAAGAAAACCUUUUAAUAACUCUUGACUCAUCACCGGAAGAUUUAGAAUCAAUGUUUGACCCACUCUCACAAAAACAACAAUCCUAUUUGUACUCUAAUCAACAGAAAAAAGGACCACAACAACGAAAUGAGACUCAAAAGCUGUUUCAAAAUUCAGAAAACUCUAUUCUAUUCGAUUCCAAUCUACCUAACCAACCAAUAUCAACUCAAAGUGAUCUUAAUUUAUUGAACCAAACCACAACAAUCAAUACAAAUCAGCGUCCUCAAUUACCACCGAAACCUCCAGCUCAAAGUUAUUUAUACAGAUUACCCUCAACAAUUCGUUAUAAUCAAUUACCUCAGCCUUCAUCUCAUCUUUUCUCUUCAUCAUCCAAUUCUUCCUCGUCAACAUCUUCGCCUUAUUCUCAUUCCUCUUCGUCUUCUUCAUCAUCUACUAUUAAUCCAUCAAACUCCAUGAUAUCAAGUGAUCCCAGAGCCUCAAUUUAUCCAAUCAGGCCUGCGUCAACCAAUUUAGGAAACCACUCAUUCCUUCACAGUAACUCUAAUCACAAUGGUGCCUUAAAGCCUCGUUCAAACGCAUACACAAAUCCGAUCUGCAAUAUAUCCAAUACAACCUUGCAUGGUGGACUUUCGACAAAUCCAUUCACAAACAAUAAUUCUGUUCAAUUUACCUCUUGUGGUAAAAGCUCAACAGCAAACUCAAUCAUCCAUCCUAAUCUUGAGAGUAUCGUUGCCACUGAUCAGAAUUCCUUCAACUCAAAUUGGCAGAAAUUUGAUUGAAAAUUGAAAAAACAUUGAAUUGUUUCAGAAUCGUGGUAACUAAAAAGCUAUUUAAAAUAGCAAAAAUAUGUGCACAUAAAUACAUAUUAAUUAGUUUAAGAUAUGUACAUGUUGUGUGUAUAGUUAGGCAUUAUUUACAAAAAAAAUAGUUGAGUCCUAAUUACUAUUUUAGUAAAUUACAAAUCAAUUCAAUGAGUAUAAAAAGAGAUAAAAUUAAAACAAAUUGUUUGAAAAAUCAAUUUUUUCCUAUCAAAAUAUGUUUAAUCAUAUUUAGUUAGCAAAAUGCAAAAGUAAUUGUAAAGCAAUAGAUUUAUUUUGGUCACCAAGAUCCAUUAUCCAUUAUUUACAUCAUUCCCACACAGUCCAUGAUUAAGAUGUCAACAACCAUCAACUCGUCGUCCAAAUUGAGAUUUUAAAUAAGAAACAAAAUAUCGCCAAUUUAACCAUUUUUUAACCAUUAAUGUGAAUACUCUCACAAUAUAAGAUCAAUUGUGUUAACAUAAAAACUGGUUAAUCCUGAAACGAAACCAAUGUUACCCUUUGUUAUUAAUAAAUAACUAAUGUAAUAAUAGCCAUGUUUACAUCUAAAGAAAAUGUAAUCAGAGAAAAAUUAAUAUUAACAACAAUUAUUUACCAAUAAUUGUUGAACGUGUAAUAAACACUAAUUAUUUACAAACUA